GUUUGCAGAAACAGCUUUCAAAGGAAGGACAUGUAACGAGAGAAUUUUGACAUGUUUUGACACAUUUUGAUUAGAAUUUUUGUUUUAUUGUAUUUUUUUAUUUUGUUUGGAUUCCUGCACAACUUUAACUUGAUUGCAGUAAUUCUUUUGCGUAGCUCCCAAACUAUUGCAUGCGUCACGUGAGACGAGAUCCAUGUGCUCUGCAGAGAGCUGCAUGUGACAAGAGUUGAGAAGCCAGGAGAGUGCGUGUGCGUGUAGGGGUGUGUGUGUUAGUCAGGGGUGGUGUGGGCGUGAACCUCUACCUCCUCAAACCCUGCAUAUCUUUUAUUUUGUGCUUUUCAGAAAGCGACUUGACAACGAGCAUCAUCUCUCCUCUCUUUGCGCAUAGAUCACAACUACGUCAAUAUUAAAAAUUACAUUUAAUAUAUAAAAAAACAGAAUUGUUUUACUUUUACGCACGGGUUACAGGUAGAAUUUCAAGCCUAAAUUCGAGAAGAACACUAGUUUGUUUUUUUGGGAUCAUCAUGUGAGACACCAGGGACUUACUUUAUUUAAUUAAUGGAUGCUCUUCUGACUAUUUUUGGGAAUAACUGACCUGAUGACAAAGAUGCAGUUUUUUCUGGAAAGAAGCAUGCUAUUUAUAACACUGGCACUGAUUUUAUUGCAAGGUGUUUCGUUGUCCCAUGUGAGUCACUCCAAAAGUCUCCCAGACUCCAAGGUGUUUGGCUCCAGGGGUUCAGCGGAUCCACACCUGCCUGAUACCGCAAAACCCAGACAGAAGCGCUGCACCUGUUAUUCCUACAAAGAUAAGGAGUGCGUCUACUACUGUCACUUAGACAUCAUCUGGAUCAACACCCCUGAGCGCACCGUGCCGUACGGCAUGUCCAGCUACAGAGGACCUCAGAGGAGGAGACGUGCUGCUGAUGGACGAGUGUCUCAAAGAGACUGGACCACAGCACCUCGCUGUGUUUGUGCUGGGACUGAGACGGACCCGGAUUGUUGGGUCUUUUGUCAGUUAAGCCCUCGUCAGAGUGUGCUGACCAGGAGCCUCCGCAGAGUCCCCGGCCUCGGAUGACCGUCUCUGCUUCUCUCACUGGGUGAAUGGACUUUUCCCUCCUCCGAAGCCCCCUUCCUUCACUCUCUGUUUGGCAUCUUGCCUCCCAGGUCCAUGCAGUCAAAGGAAGAUCUUCAAAGUCACACACUGCCAACAUUCUUUGGCAUUAACGCUCUCUGAGCAAGUUCCAUCAGGCCAAGAGGUUUCAUGAACCCGUCAGCAGGUCUAACGCUGAUCCCUGGAAGCGAUUCGCUUUUUGUUCCUUUCUGAGAAAACCGAAGGGGUUUACUUUCACCAUAAUGCCAAAAUAAUAGCCAAAGACCUCACUAAAGUCAAGCUUAAUUAAGUGAACUCUUUGGUUCCAUUCCAUGUUUAAAGGACUGCGUCGGAAGAAAUUGUUUUGGAAACCUCCAAUCUUUUGAAACAAUGGUUCAGGCUCAUGUCCCCGUAGAUGACAACAAAGACAUUUCCACAUAAGUGCUGGGAAGUGAACAGUGCCUGGAGGAGCCACUGAAAUGAGAAGCAGGGCAUGAGAGUUUCUCUGUCAUGUCAUAAAAUAAUACUGGAAAAGAAGUGCAAGUUUUGUGCUCUAAAUGUUUUGGACUUAAGAGUAUAAUAUAUAUUUUUAAAUCAUCUCAUUUACUAUAUUGAAAUAAAAUAUUUGCUGUUAAAAAAAUAAAAAAAAUAACAACCAAAAAACAUAAUUUAUACUCCAGACUUCUAAAUUAUUAGAUUUACUUUGACUUUGGAACAAGGUAAGAUUGUCCCUGUUUUUCUUAUAUAAGCUAUUCAAUGUUAUUUUAUUCUGAAAAAUAUCAUGUUUAAAAGAAGCUUGGAUUGAAUGUCUUCUUAUGUGGGUUUAAUUAAAUGCUGAAAAAUAAUACAAUAUAUUCGCAGUGCAGUAUAAUAGUUCUUUUAACUGUGAGCUUGUUCUGCUUUGACGCUUCAAAGAAUAAACACAACUCAAAUCUGCACCAAAUUAAAGGAUAUUGUGAUGAUUUUCUUGCUCUUCAUGUUCGUUUUGUAAUCCUCCGAUUAUUUAUCUACAAAUGGCUUGAUUUUUUUUCCACAAGCGUCUUUUAUUAGGACAAAACAAAACAUGUUUUUUACAUGGUUAAGAAUAUUUUAAUGAUAUUAACAUUAAAAGUCUUUGCUUUUUCAAAAUAUAAAAAAAUGUCUCCCUCCACAGAAAGAGCUGUGUGGUUACAUCAGAAACUUGCAAAGUUUCUUUUUUUUCGGUGUUAAUUGACUUAUUUUAUUUUAUUUUAUUAUUACCCAUGCAAACAGUAUUUUGCUUCCCAAACAUAAUGUAAGAUUCCCUGGUCCUUUGAAACCCUAAUACCACUUAACAUCCAGGAAUGUUACGUGAAGUCCUGCCUAAAUAAGCCUACCCUGGAGCCUCGGUGUAAACCCCUCACAGUCUGCAGGGUCCCAUUCCCACAGUCCACCAUGAGAAAUCACUCGGAGCAGACAUCCUGACCACGCCAAGGCAGGUUCARUGCUCCGGCUGGGGCUUAGAGCUUGUUGUUUGUGCUCUGGUUUGAAGAACGGACAGAACUUUUGAGCUACACAGUAAAAUGGUUUAAAUUAUUGGAGAGCUGAAACGUCUCUGAUCACACAAACAUUUAGACAACAUUCCGCAUUACUCUAAUCAUGCUAAUUUAUCCCAAUCAUCAGCACAAAUGAUCUAAAGUAUGACUGGCUCACAGCACGCUGUAAGUGCGGGUAUGUGGAAAAAAAAUCUAGUUUAAUAAUAUUAAAAGUAUUUAUUGAAGGUGUCUUUAAUCAUAAUAGCUGUAAAGAGUUGAUGGUGAUGUCUUUCCUGCAAAAUUAACCAACGGGAUGUGAAUCAUUUUUUACUCGUUUCCGACUUUAUGUUAUGCUGAUGAAAAACAAUUGUCUUUUUUUAUCUCACAGUGACUUGAGUAUUUCACCUUGUAAUUAUAACCUAAUAUUCAAAGAUUUUUUUCUCAAACUUUCAAAAUACUUAGUUUUCCCAGUCUGAUUUCUCCAGGCAGACACUCACAAGAUUCUCUCACACAGACAGAAAGUCAGUGAACAGAUGAUUUGUGCUCAGAUAAAUCUGACAGUAAUAAAUCAGUUYGCCUCAGGGCAUAGAAGACAUAAAAUCAGAUUUAUCAGCAAAGGUGUGAAAGCCAGUACUUGUAAAAGUGCAUCAGUGCUCGUGCUUUAACAGACCUGUGGUACAAAUCUCCCUUUCCACUAAUAAAUCUACAAACUGGAGAAACUUCCAUAACAUCAUAUGAAUUCCAUGCUUUUUUAUGUCUUCAUUUGACGUUUAUUACUUUUUUUCAAUGAAUUGCUGGCAUUAUAUUUAGGAUAUUUUUUUUUCAUUCUUUGAAACUAUGUAACAGAGCUGAUGAAAGCACUGAAAAUCGAUGUAUUUGUUUCUACUGAAUAAAUGUUCAAAUGAAUUUACAAGUCA